CGGGCCGGGGCCGCACUGCCGGAAGACCGGGGCGGCUGGGUCGCACGGGGGAACCGGUAUCGUUUCCGCCGGGGCACAAUGGCAGAGGGGCGGUAGCGGCUGGGCUGUCGGCGGCCGGUGUGAAUUACUAAGUUGAACAGCAAUAACCAUGGGAGAUGCUGCAAAACCUUUCGUUGCCAAACAAAAUCAGGAACAGGAAAUUUUACAUCAGGAAGAAUUAAAAGGAAGUUCGUUACAGAAAGAGUACCAUGACUUUAUGGACGAAUGCGGAAAUGGCCAUAUGAAGAAAAUAUAUACCGGCCUGCAAAAAAAACAGGGAACACCGGGUCACUACGGAGGCAUUCCCAGACGAGGGCCACGUAGUGUUUUCAGUAGCCCAAAUUCAAUUAAAAAUGCAGUACACAGUCAGAAGUCAAAGUUAAAUGAUACCCAAAGAGACCAAAUAAAGAAGUGGGUAUCUGAUCAUCAUGGUACUUAUGACAGCUGGAGAGAACACCGAUCUGUUGCCCAGAUUCCUGUGCAUAGCAGGACAAGAAGGGACUCUCUUCAUGAGUUUGAAGGUGCUGGAAACAGAAAUGGAAGACAACUUCAGGAAGACUUCAUGAGUGAAGAUGUGUCAAACAUGCAGAAAGAAAGCUCUGAAAUGAAGAAGCUUAGGAAACCAAGGAGAUUGAGAAGAAAUAGAAAAGCUGAGUAUGAUCAAGACGAAGCGGAUGGUCCAGUCAUAGAUGAAUCUAUGCUGUCAGAAAAAGAACUUCUAGGAUUGCAGCAAGCUGAAGAACGAUUGAAGCGAGACUGCAUUUAUAGACUGAAGAAGCAAUCUCGAAGCUACCCAUCAGCAAAAUAUACCUGCAGUUUGUGUGAUGUUUUGAUUGAGUCGGUGGCUUUUGCUCAUAAGCAUAUUAGAGAAAAAAGACACAAGAAAAGCCUAAAGGAGAAACAAGAAGAACAGCUGCUGACUGCUCUGCCUCCUCCAACACCUUCCCAGAUAAAAGCUAUUGGUGUUGCCAUUGAAAAUGUAGUGCAGGAGUUUGGCUUAAGUAACGAAGAUCUAGAAGAAAGGUUCAACAUUAAAACAGUGAUGGAAAACUUACUGCGUCAAAAAUUGCCAGAGUGCUCAUUAAGAUUGUAUGGCUCCUCCUAUAGCAGAUUUGGUUUUAAAACUUCAGACAUAAACAUAGAUAUCCAGUUUCCUGUCAAUAUGACACAACCAGAUGUUCUCUUAUUUGUGCAAGAAAGUCUUCAGAACAGUGAAUGUUUUACGGAAGUUGAUGCAGAUUUCCAUGCUAGAAUACCAGUGGUGGUGUGCAGAGAAAAACAAAGUGGCCUUAUUUGUAAAGUGAGUGCAGGGAAUGAGAAUGCUUGUCUGACAACAAACCAUUUGGCUGCACUUGGGAAACUGGAACCUACUGUAGUAACUUUAGUGAUUGUCUUCAGGUACUGGGCAAAGUUGUGCUGUGUUGAUCGUCCUGAAGAGGGAGGCUUGUCACCAUAUGUGUUUGCUUUGAUGGUUAUUUUCUUUUUACAACAGAGGAAACAGCCUUUUCUGCCUGUGUAUUUGGGAUCAUGGAUUGGAGGAUUCUCAUUAAACAAAUUAACUAAUUUUCAUCUGAAAGAAGUUGAAAAUGAUGCGGUAGUUUGGGAACAUAAUCCCGCUGAUGAUUCUGAUUUGCUACAAGGAACUUCCCCUAGAAGGGGCAAGGUUCCCUUAGUAUUUGAUUCAGGACAGCAGUGUUCAGCACCUGCUGGUCAGCUCUGGCUAGAACUGCUUCGUUUCUAUGCCUUGGAGUUCAAUAUGGCUGAUUUUGUUAUUAGCAUACGACUCAAAGAAGCAGUGUCUCGUGAAUCAAGGGACUGGCCUAAAAAGCGCAUUGCUGUAGAAGACCCGUAUUCAGUCAAAAGGAAUGUGGCAAGAACUCUGAACAGUCAGCUAGUGUAUGAGUAUAUUCUUCACUGCCUGAGAGCAACUUACAAGUAUUUUGCCUUGCCUCAGAAAAAAAGUGCAAAAUCAAGCAAAAAGUCCAUUCUAAAUGCCCAUGAAGAGAAAUCCCAAAUGCUGCACCGUGGAAAAGAUGCUAUAAAGCAUCAAAAUGCUGAUUUGCAAAACUUGGAUAGUAGAACAAGCACACCAGUAGUGGAAGACUGCAUAAUAGCGACUACAGAUAUGCCCCAGACACAUAGAACUGAUGCUUCAAAACUUUGUGAUGGCUCAGGAAGUAUCACAGAAGAAGAACUAGCUGAUGAUAUAAAUCAUUUGGGAAUUGCCUAUGAAGAUUCAGACUGUAUAGUUGAGGAAUUUAUUUCUGGAAAUAAUGAGGAUUUUAAACCAAGUUGUGAGAAGACAGACAGUGGAAAUGAAGAGGAGGAAGAGGAAGAACAUCAACAAAAAAGGUGGAAUAGUAUCUUGACUACUGAGCGAGAAAUAGAUGAAGAUAGUGAUAGUGGAGAUCCCCCUGUUACACUAAAUGAACAUGAUAUAGAGACAUGUGGUACUUCAGACUUAGAAGGUUUUCAAAAUGCUGCAUUUGCAGAUAUUGAUGAGUUUGCCUUAGAGUGCAGCGAUAUAAUGGAAGACAAGAUAGAUGUUGAUGAAGAGAGCACUGAAGGUUCUGAUGAACUGCAUGAAUCCUUGAAGAAAUUCACAUAUUUAGCAUGGAGUCAAAUAUCCCAAAUGAUUGACUCGGAUGAUGAGGAGGAAGAGGAGGAAGAAUCUGGUCUUCUAAACCAGAGAGAGUGUGGUAUUACAAGAGCUGGAGAUGAACAAGAUAAUGCAUACUUUGGAUCUGGCAAUGACGAUGCACUGUCAGAGGAAGAAGAAGAUGAUUUUUCCCUCCCCAAUAAAUGUGAGAACAAACACACUGAAGAACAUGCGGAUGGACUUCUGAGAAGCAAUUUGAGUCAAGAGGAUCUUACUGAGAAGGGAAGCCUUUUUGAAGAGAACACAGCAAUAGAACAGGGUUUAGAAUAUGAACUUUUUUAUGAAUUCAGUAAAACAGCUUUUACAAAGGGCAAGUCUCCUACAGUUGUAUGUAGCCUGUGCAAACGGGAAGGUCAUUUAAAGAGGGAUUGUCCAGAAGACUUGAAGAAAAUUGAGCUUGACCUCCUGCCAGAACUGACACCCAAAUUCUCAGUUAUUCUAGAUCAAGUUUGUGUCCAAUGUUACCGUGAUUUUUCUCCAAGUAUUUUGGAGGAUCAGGCUCGGGAACAUAUAAGACAAAACUUGGAAAACUUCAUUAGACAUGAUUUCCCAGGAACCAAGCUGAAUUUGUUUGGCUCAUCAAAAAAUGGCUUUGGCUUCAAAGAAAGUGACCUUGAUAUCUGUAUGACAAUUGAUGGGCUGGAAACUGCUGAGGGACUUGAUUGCAUCAGAAUCAUUGAAGAUUUAGCAAAAGUUCUCAAGAAACAGUCAGGUUUAAGAAGUGUCUUGCCUAUAACAACUGCUAAAGUCCCAAUUGUCAAAUUUUUCCAUGUCAGAAGUGGUCUUGAAGUAGACAUCAGUUUAUAUAAUACUCUGGCCUUGCAUAACACAAGACUCCUGUCAUCAUAUGCAGCCAUUGAUCCGAGAGUAAAGUAUCUAUGUUACACAAUGAAAGUCUUUACAAAAAUAUGUGACAUUGGAGAUGCAUCUCGAGGUAGCCUUUCUUCCUAUGCGUAUACUCUUAUGGUGCUUUAUUUUCUUCAACAGAGAAAUCCACCUGUCAUCCCCGUUCUUCAAGAGAUCUACAAAGAACCAAAGAAGCCUGAAAUUUUAGUUGAUGGCUGGAAUGUUUAUUUCUUUGAUAAGAUAGACGAGUUGUCAGUCGUUUGGCCAGACUAUGGCAAAAACACUGAAUCUGUUGGGCAACUGUGGCUGGGGCUUCUCCGUUUCUACACAGAAGAAUUUGAUUUUAAAGAACAUGUUAUCUGCAUUCGGAGUAAAAAUCUGCUUACAACCUUCAAAAAGCAGUGGACCUCCAAAUACAUUGUAAUUGAAGACCCCUUUGAUUUGAACCACAAUCUUGGAGCUGGACUGUCAAGAAAAAUGACAAAUUUUAUAAUGAAGGCUUUUAUCAAUGGCAGAAGGUUAUUUGGUACCCCUAUAAAAGUGUUUCCUAAAGAAUAUCCAUCAAAAAUGGAGUACUUUUUUGAUCCUGAGGUUCUAACAGAAGGAGAACUGGCACCAAAUGAUAGAUGCUGCAGAACCUGUGGUAAAAUUGGCCAUUUCAUGAGAGAUUGUCCCAUGAGGAGAAAACUAAGACGGCGGCGUGGUUAUGAAGAUACAAAAAACCAGAGGUACACAGAAAGCAAGGAGAAAAGAAGCAAUGAGGACAAAGAAACUCAGAUUAAAACAACAGAAAAGGAGAGCUCAAUCAAGGAGGGAAAGUUGCAUGUCUGUACACCUCAGAAGAGGAAACUAGGAAGGGCAGUAGUGGAAAUUGGAAGAGAAAAGACUCCAAGGCAAUCAGCAGAGAAGUGGAAGCACCUGGAAGAUAGAGACUUAAGAGAAAAACGGUGUUUUAUCUGUGGAAGAGAAGGUCAUAUUAAAAAGGAAUGCCCACAGUUUAAAGGAGCUGCAGUUGUUCCAAAACCAGAAGCAUUGUAUGGAUCCCCUUUGUUACCCAGUGCUUCCAAACAUGCUCGUAGAUUAAAUCAGGGAGUGCUUAUAUAUGAAGAAAAAAAGAAACAAAAAGGAAAAGUAUUUUUGAGUCCCCAGUCAGGCAGCCUUUCCAACAAAUACAUGACUCAGGGAAAAGCCUCACAGAAGAGGACCCAACAAGAAUCAUGAGGGAUAUUAAGCACUGUUAAAUUGCAGUGCAGACCCUUCAUUCAUCUAAAAAAUUUUCAUUGUCUAAAGCAUCUGGACUCGCAGGACAGCAGAACAGACAACCUUCAACUUAAUUUUAAUGAAAUAUGGGUGGUUUAUUUUAGAUUGCUAGUACAAGCAAUACUGACCCCUGCUCUGAAAUAGGUUGUUGGAGUAUUUAAAUAGAAAGCCAUAAUUUUUUUUAUUUCUUUUUAUUGUAAAUCAUAUAAGAAAGGGCAGGUACUAAAAAUGGACUGUUUUCAAGGUUUUGUCGUUUCAUCUGAUGAUUUUAAAAUGCACAUUUUAAAAUUGCGUGCAAGCCAAAUACAUUAUAUUCAAAAAUUGUUUUUUGAAGCAGCAAAUAAUAUUUAUUAAUGUUGACUGUAUACUGAAUCCUUGUUUAAAAGUGUUCUAAAUGUUUGUAGACUGCUACAUUUUUGGUUUGUUGGGUUGUGGGUUUUUUUUCCCUAUGAGAGCUGAAAACAUAGAAGUUAGUAAACAUACAUAAAACAAUCUCUGGACAAGCAUUGCCAUUGAGAUUUUUGGGGGGGGGGGGGGUUCUGUUCCAUGAUUCUUAUGGGAGUUCAUUAGCUGCUGUGUACAAGAAGAAAAAUUAAGAAGCAGGUCAGUCCUGUUUGAUGCUGCUAAGAAUCUUUUUCAAGCCCUUGAGGAUACAGAUAAAAAUGCUUUAGAGGCAUUAUAUUUGGCAACAGGGGAAAACACAUCCAUUUUCAUAAAAUGUGAAGAAGAUCCUUAUGCUAGCCACAAACUUAAUUAGGAGUAUGAACUUGAGCUUUACUUGAAGUGCUUCCAGAGCUGGCAACGUACUGUCUUUUCUUGUUCAGGAAAGAAUUAGUUACAUUGUGAAAUUGAAACCACUGUUAUUUAUGACUUUGAAAUAAAUUAAAAAAAAAAAAAAAA